AUGCCGAACAAGAGGAUAGCGUCAUCCAGCAGCGGCUACAACAACAAAAUCGAUGCCGCAUUUAUUGCAGCCUGCGAUACGGACAAGCCGCUUCAGACGACCGACAUAGCUGUUGUAGUCGGGCACAAAGUUGCUGCGUCGCACAAUCGGCAAAACGCUUUACAUGCCAUAUCUGCCAAUGUUCAGAUCAUGAACGAGGACAAUCCUAAACUAUUCAUUCAAAUCCUCAUUGCAUUUUCGUUUGCAACGGAAGAAGAGCUUGGCUACGAUUCAAUGGUAAAGCUUGAACCAGACCGAAACUACACAUUCAAGAUUCCAAGUUUACGGGGCAGCGACAAGUUUCGGCUCUUUCGCACCAUGGAGGGCCUGUCGCUCUAUCAUUCGAACGUCAUCACUGGUCGAAUGACGCGUGUUUACAAAGUCGUUGAAGUCAGGGAAAACGGCGAAGCAUUUGGAGAUCCGCUCGUCUUGAAAGACGUGUGGCUCGACAGCUCUGCAAAGACGGAAAAAGAGAUACAGAACGCCAUUUUUACCGAUAUCAAACAAUUUCGGGACUGCCCAGACGAACGGCCAGAAUUACAAGGCUUCAAAGAAGCUCACAAAAAUAUUGUUGGCGAUGACAGCUAUAAGCAGUACUUUCUUCAGAUUGUCCUGGACUACAGCGGACAGAAAACCAAAAUACGAGUAGAAAGAGGAACUGAAGUCAGAGAUUUUUUCGACGCGGAGGAAGACCUCGUACCAAAUGCUCCGGUGACUGGUACCAAAUCACAAGAAUCGCAGUCUCAGAACGAUCAGACGUUUGUAAACACACACCGAAAUGCUUCCCAAUCACCAGCUAUUCCAACUAUUCCACACGAACAGAAGAGGCAAUAUCGCAUCAUUUUCAAAGAGGUUUGUAGACCUUCUGGAAGUCUCAAAACCCUCGGAGAAGUUGUCAAUGUGCUAUCGCAAACCCUCAUCCAUUCAGAAAGCCAGGGGCCGUGGCUCGCAAAACUCUCUGACCUUGAAUAUGCCACAAAAUUCCCUGUGCCAAAAGGUUCAGCAUGUGCUUCAAAUACGAAGACGGGGACAGCGUACUUUAUGCCUCUGGAAAUUAUGCUGUCAUCUUACUUGUUUUCUCCCAGCCACGACAAUACAAUGUCAGCGCAGAAAGAAUUCGCAGUUGCAAGACAACUUUCUGUCAAAGAGAGACUUGCUGAAUUGACACUACAGCUACAGAACCCUACAACUACUCCACCGCAGAAGGGAGUCGCUCACAAUUUUCAACACGAUUUAGAAUCAAUGUGGUGGAUGCUUCUCUGGAACAUAUGCUGCCGCCUUGACCCAACGCAAUCAACGAAGUCCCUUCAGGACUUUGGCAAGGCCAUUUUCAUCAACGAUAUAAAGCCGACUGAUGCCAGAAUUCACUGCAUCACCGCACCAUUCGGAAAAACUGUCACACCCAAGGCACCAAAGUCAAUUCUCUCUGUCGUUACGUCUCUUUCCCUAUUGAGUGGCGAACUUUACCAAAACUACGUUGAUCGUGGUCGGAAUGGCGCAUAUAAUGAUGUUGGCUCGUAUGCUCAGAUUCACAGCAUCUUCUUCGAGACAUUUAAAGCGCUCGACGAAGAGGUCACUGAAGCUUCGGAAGCCCAAGCUUCUGGCAGAAACGAUGGUGGAGAUCAGCAUUGGUCCACGAUACCUUUGCUGGUGAAGGCUUAUAGCAAUACCGUGGCACAAGGAUCUGCGGUGGGCGAACCAGAGCGUAAGCGUCCUCGAUCCAACGAAGACCAUGUCGAUGCGAGGGAGGUCGAGAGCGAAGGUAGGACCAAAGCUAAGCAACCUAGAAAGAAGUGA